UCCUGACUUGACGUUCAACGUUGUGCAAUUUCACGCAGAUGUCUCUCUCGUCGUUCUUCUCGUCGUUCAUUGGCAUAGCCCACGCAGACGCACCUGAGGCAAAACCGGAGUCUCAGCAGGAGGGAGAGGAACAGAAGGUUGAAGAGGCAGAGGCAGAGGAGGAGGAACCUGAGGACAUCCACCCACACCUUCGCGAAGAAUGCCAAGAAUCAGCCAAGUGCAAGCCGUUGACGCAGCACUUCCUCCAUUGCCAGGAGAAGGUGCAAGCUGGCGAAGGUUUCCCGCAUGAGGACUGUGUUGAGGAGAUUUUCCACAUGAUGCACUGUACCGACAACUGUCUUGCACCAAAACUCUUCAGCAAGCUCCGAUGAGUGCCGUUGUCUGCACUAUUAGCAUAGCUUCGUCCAAUAGACCUGACGCAAGAAUCUUGUGUCUAGACCUUGU